UCAACUAAAGCAGAACGGAUCAAACGCAGUGAACAUUAUACAGCCGAUUCACUUUUGUGACUGAUCGAACUUAUCACCAGUGAACGUUGGGACGGUGCGCGAAUCCUUCUGAACUAUUGAGCGAAUUGCGCCAGACUUACAUGAAACGGUGAUGUUUUACUCAAACCAGGCCCGUCUAGAAAGCCACAGUUGCUAGUUACAUACAUCCCACUCAGUAUUGGCACCCAGCCUUGGAAUAUAUUUCAAUCCAUAGUUUCUUCGCCUCAACCAAGAGAACGCGAUAACGGUGCUUUUAUCUGUUUCGUGCCACGGCGGCCCGCUGAAACGUGCUGAACAGCCGCACCAUCCACACCAAACGCCGGAUUGUCUGUCGACUUUAGUUCUUGAGGAUGCCACUAGAAUCAGCCUCCGUUCUGGGAGACGAGUCGCGCUACCUGCGUGAGAAGCUCGGGACUGCUCUGACGUGCGGCCUAGCAGAGGUGUGCCGCAAGAGGCCCAGCGACCCGAUCCAGUUCCUGGCGCAGUGGCUGCUGCGCUUCCGACACUUCACGCAGGAGCAGCUGGACCUGGAGCUGGCCGAGAUGCAGCGCGUGGAGGAGGAGCAGCGGCUAGCGCAGUACGAGUAUACGGCGCUGCUGCGGCAGGCCAUCGCCGACGGCGAAGCGGGCUGCUAGACCGCUCCCCCAUCCCCCAGGCAGGUCGGUCAGCUGCGCCGCACGCCACCGAAGCGGAGCUGACCGGUCGGCGCCUUGCUCAGGGAAACACGAGGUCUGUUUCACGCACCGUUUCAAAGUACAUUGUCCGGGUCGAGACUCCCAGGGUCCCGAACCACUGGUGAAACAUUUUCAUACAUGCAGACAGCUGUAGUUGUUGUAGUUGUAGUAAUUGUAGUUAGCUGUUACAGCGGCCGACACAAAAUGCUCAAAGCAGUAUCGAUUUCAUUUUUGUCUGAACAGGAGCCCAUACAUACUUAGACGAUAACCCCUCCCCCCAAUACAUUAACACAGAAACUUUGUUUUCGCCCACAAAUACAAGAUCAUUCAAGAAAAAACCCGAAGUGUAAGCGGUCGCAAGCCAGUCACGAAAUGCUAAAGUAAUAAGCACGACUGUCCUUACACACGGAAAUGUGCUCCACACCAUCGCGCAGCCUAGGGCCGAGCACCAGUUCGUGAGCACGGCGGCCCAGCCCGUCUCUGGCAGGAAUGUGAUACACCCGCCGGGCUCACACGGCCAGGACGUUUGAGCGUCCUCCGCUCCCCCUCCCCCCUGCACCUGCCCACAGUCACGUCGACCGGCUCAACCGGCGGGCAAUGCAGGCCGGGAUCAGAUUUGGUAAUUUCGAUUUCGAAAGUCGUGAAAUCUCACGGCACGGCAAUCGUAACACGAGGCGAGCCCCGGAUCUCGUCCUGUCGCGUUAGUGUGAUGCCUCAAGGACCGAGAGUCGGCAGCGGGUCGAGUCGGCACCGCCGCUGACCCGCGGCGGCCGCAGCGAAUGCCGUGGCGCGACGGCGAGCCGGCGGUGGGCGGCGUGACCGCUUUGUUGGCGUCGGCCACACGGGGGUCUGCGGCCAGCAAGCUGGUCACCAAGGCCACAAUUAUUCCGUCCGGAGGGCGUGGCAGUGGCCAGACACGCGCCACACCAGGUGCGUGCCUAUCACCGGUGGUAGGCGGACAAAUCAAACCGCACACACACAU